CCUGGCCUGAGCCUCCCCAAGCUCCCUCCCCACCCUCACCAUGGCCAAGGGCUUCUACAUUUCCAAAUCCUUGGGCAUCCUGGGCAUCCUCCUGGGCGUGGCGGCACUGUGUACCAUCGUGGCUCUGUCUGUGGUCUACGCCCAGGAGAAGAACAAGAAUGCCGAGAGCUCUGUGGCAACCCCCGCAAGCACCACCACCUCUCCCGUCACCUCCACUGCGGCCACCACCUUGGACCAAAGCAAGCCUUGGAACCGCUACCGCCUGCCCAAGACGCUGGCACCUGACUCCUACCAGGUGACGCUGAGGCCCUUCUUCACCCCCAACGACCAGGGCCUGUACAUCUUCCAUGGCUCCAGCACCGUCCGCUUCACCUGCAAGGAGGCCACUGACGUCAUCAUCAUCCACAGCAAGAAGCUCAAUUACACCCUCAAGCAGGAGCACAGGGUGGCCCUGCGCGGUGUGGGCGGCUCCCAGCCCCCCGCCAUCGACAGGACCGAGCUGGUGGAGCCCACCGAGUACCUGGUGGUGCACCUCACGGGCCCCCUGGUGAAGGACAGCCAGUACGAGAUGGACACCGAGUUCCAGGGGGAGCUGGCGGACGACCUGGCGGGCUUCUACCGCAGCGAGUACUUGGAGGGCGAUGUCAAAAAGGUGGUGGCCACGACACAGAUGCAGGCUGCAGAUGCCCGGAAAGCCUUCCCGUGCUUUGAUGAGCCAGCCAUGAAGGCCGAGUUUAACAUCACGCUCAUCUACCCCAGUAAACUCACGGCUCUGUCCAACAUGUCUCCCAAAAGUGACUCGCUUCAGGACAACCCCGACUGGACUGUCACCGAGUUCCACACCACGCCCAAGAUGUCCACCUACCUGCUGGCCUUCAUCGUCAGCGAGUUCAAGCACGUGGGGGGGCAGACACCCAACAACGUCUCGAUCCGAAUCUGGGCCCGGCCCAGUGCCAUUGAUGCGGGCCAUGGCAGUUAUGCCCUGGACAAGACGGGCCCCAUCCUAGACUUCUUUGCCAGUCAUUAUAACACAGCCUACCCACUCGAUAAGUCUGACCAGAUUGCCCUGCCUGACUUCAAUGCCGGCGCCAUGGAGAACUGGGGGCUGGUGACCUACCGGGAGAGCGCCCUGCUGUUUGACCCACUGUCAUCCUCCAGCAGCAACAAGGAGCGGGUGGUCACUGUGAUUGCUCACGAGCUGGCCCACCAGUGGUUCGGGAACCUGGUGACUGUGGAGUGGUGGAACGACCUGUGGCUGAACGAGGGCUUUGCGUCCUAUGUGGAGUACCUGGGCGCUGACUUUGCAGAGCCUACCUGGAACGUGAAAGACCUCAUGGUGCUGAACGACGUGUACCGCGUGAUGGCUGUGGACGCGCUGGUCUCCUCCCACCCGCUGUCCACUCCCGCCGAGGAGGUCAACACGCCGGCACAGAUCAGCGAGCUGUUCGACUCCAUCUCCUACAGCAAGGGCGCCGCUGUCCUCAGGAUGCUUUCCAGCUUCCUGACCGAGGACCUCUUCAAGAAGGGCCUUGCGUCCUACCUCCACACCUUUGCUUACCAGAACACCGUCUACCUGGACCUGUGGGAGCACCUGCAGAAGGCUGUGGACAGCCAGUCGACCGUCAAGCUCCCCACCUCUGUACGCAACAUCAUGGACCGCUGGAUCCUGCAGAUGGGCUUCCCAGUCAUCACCGUGGAUACCAAGACGGGGACCAUCUCCCAGCAGCACUUCCUCCUUGACCCUGACUCCAAUGUCACCCGCCCCUCAGAGUUCAACUACCUGUGGAUCGUGCCGAUCUCGUCCAUCCGUAAUGGGAGAGAGCAGAACGACUACUGGCUGGAAGGCGUCGAGCAAGCCCAGAACGCCCUGUUCAGUACGACAGCCGACGACUGGGUCCUGCUGAACCUCAAUGUGACGGGCUAUUUCCAGGUGAACUAUGACCUGGACAACUGGAGGAAGAUUCAGAAUCAGCUGCAGGUGAACCCGUCGGUCAUCCCUGUCAUCAAUCGGGCACAGAUCAUCAACGAUGCUUUCAACCUGGCCAGCGCCUACAAGGUCCCUGUCACUCUGGCACUGAGCAACACCCUCUUCCUGGAGCAAGAGACAGAGUACAUGCCCUGGGAGGCUGCCCUGAGCAGCCUGAACUACUUCAAGCUCAUGUUCGACCGCUCCGAGGUCUAUGGCCCCAUGAAGAACUACCUGAAGAAGCAGGUCACACCCCUCUUCUUACACUUCCAAAAUAUCACCAAUGACUGGCAGACGAUCCCACAAAACUUGAUGGACCAGUACAGCGAGAUUAAUGCCGUCAGCACCGCCUGCUCCAACGGGGUUCCCGAGUGUCUGGAGAUGGCCUCCAGAUUUUUCAAGCACUGGAUGGAGAACCCCAAUAAUAACAUGAUCCACCCCAACCUGCGCUCUGCCAUCUACUGCAACGCCAUCUCCCAGGGCGGCGAGGCCGAGUGGAACUUCGCCUGGGAGCAGUUCCGCCAUGCCACGCUGGUGAAUGAGGCUGACAAACUCCGAGCGGCCCUGGCCUGCAGCAACCAGGUGUGGAUCCUGAACAGGUACCUGAGUUACACCCUGAACCCCGACCUCAUCCGGAAGCAGGACGCCACCUCUACCAUCAGCAGCAUCGCCAGCAACGUCAUCGGGCAAACUCUGGUCUGGGACUUUGUCCAGGGCAACUGGAAGAAGCUGUUUGAGGAUUACGGUGGUGGCUCCUUCUCCUUCUCCAACCUCAUCCAGGCAGUGACCCGGCGAUUCUCCACCGAGUAUGAGCUGCAGCAGCUGGAGCAAUUCAAGAAGAACAACGAGGGGACAGGCUUCGGCUCGGGCACCCGGGCCCUGGAACAAGCCCUGGAGAAGACGAAAGCCAACAUCAAGUGGGUAAAGGAGAACAAGGCAGCAGUGCUCCAGUGGUUCACAGAAAACAGCAAGUAGCCCCCAGGCCUGGCACUGCACCUGUCACCCAGGUCCUGAGGCUGAUCUCAGGGAAGCCCAGCUCCAGGGCCGGAUGAGCAGGAGCCCUCGAUGGACAGUGGACUACCUGAGGGGGCCACCUGCACUCACUCGCCUUCCCGUAAAGACCCCGAUCUGUGGAAUCAACAGGGCAGCAGAUCUGUAUAUUUUUUUCUAAGAGAAAAUGUAAAUAAAGGAUUUCUAGAUGA